UACCCGCUGAAGUUUCCCGCCAUUUGCAGUUCCCCUCUUUCUUCACUGCUGAACUCCAAAAACCCUCUUCUUCGCAAACCCUAAUUUCCGAAAAAAAAUCCAGCAAAUGGAGGCUGAAAUCAAAGAAGAAUUCAACAAAAAUGGAAUAAACAUCGCCGAUGAUGCAGUCCUCAACAAAUGUCUUACUUUGUGUACAGAUUACAAGCUUUCACCUUCAGAUCUAGUCUCGAGCUGGGAAGUUUACUAUCUUAACAGGCAAUUGAAUGAGUCUACAGUGCAUAAUGGUGAAAUGAAUGGAUUUGUGUUGCACCUACAAAAUGAGCAGAAAGAAGCAUUUAUAAAGGAGGAGCCUGGUUUGCAUGCAUAUUCCAUUCGUGAUGUAGAUAUGCUCUUGAACUAUGAACCAGAAGAUACAAAAGAGGGUAUUCUAGACACCCCUACUGACAGACCCACAGCUCAAUAUGAAGAGUUAGGUGAUUCAAGGAAUGGAACAAAUGGAAGCCCCCUCUCAACCAGUAAGCAGUCCAGCAUUAUGACACCCUUUGGACAGAGAACCAAUAAAUUUGCGGUUCAGUUCCAGACCAGGACUCAACCUAUUGGAGAAAGUGGAAACAAAGAAUCUGAAGAUGAAGAUAUGGGAGAUGAAAUUAUUCGAAGGGCUCAACCAAAGAAUAGGUGCUCAUUAGUGAUUCAAGGAUCCAAGCCAGAACCUGGUUGCAGAUUUAUGUAUGAUAGAAUUGAAGACAGGUUUAAUUCUCUUGUGGAUCGCAUCAAUAAACAUACAUCAGCAUUUCUUGCUUCUGGACAAUAUGAAGAACCUGUAGAUCCUACAACAGCCUCUCAGAAAAGCAUGUUUGCUGUUGGAAUGAUCUGCUGUGAGGGAGAAGGCCGCCUGAAUGAGAAUUCAGUCUUAUUACAAAGCAGUGUUGAGCAUUCAGGAGGAGAACAUGUACGCCUCGAAUUAAAAAAAGUGAACCAAUAUUCCAUUUUUCCAGGGCAGGUGGUGGGUGUUAUUGGAACCAAUCCCAGUGGUCAUUGCUUAGUGGCUUCGAAAUUAGUGGAUGCUAUUCCGCUGCUACCAUCUGUUGAUUUUAAUCCUCAUCCUGCAAAGAGAUUAGCUCUGAAUGAACAGGGUCUUUCCAACCAUCAAUCACCCGCACUGGCUGAAAUAUCAGUGAUUGUGGCAGCAGGCCCUUUCACAACAACAGACAACUUGUUAUUUGAGCCUUUGAAAGAGCUGCUUGCAUAUGCAACUAGAAAGCCGCCACAGUUGCUUAUAUUGUUGGGACCUUUUGUUGAUUCUGAACACCCUGAGAUCCAGAAAGCAACCUUUGACCGGAGCUUCGAUGAAGUAUUUCAUCAAGAAAUCAUCAGAAGGUUGCGAGAUCAUGUUGAAUACAUGGGUUCUUCCACUCGUGUGCUUCUGGUGCCAUCUAUACGAGACGCUAACCAUGAUCAUGUUUUCCCUCAGCCUCCUUUUGACUUAAACCCUGAUAUGACUGACCAGAUUACGAGUCUCACCAAUCCAGGAAUAUUUGAUGCGAAUGAGGUUAAGGUGGGAUGCUGUUCUAUGGAUGUCAUAAAGCAUCUGAGUGGAGAAGAGAUAUCCAAGGAUCCGGCCCCAGGAGGCCGUUUGAGCAGAUUGGCAACGCAUAUUCUCAACCAACGCAGCUUCUACCCUUUAUAUCCACAAGCUGAGAGUGUUCCGUUGGACUUCUCAAUUGCUCCAGAAGCUCUAAAUAUUUCCUCCAUCCCACAUAUUCUCAUUCUACCGUCUGACUUGGCUCCUUUUGUAAAGGUGCUUUCGCUGAAUGAAGAAAUUGAAGAACAGGAGCGCGUUAAAUGCUUAUGUGUGAAUCCAGGGAGACUGGCAAAGGGUAUAGGAGGUGGUACAUUUCUGGAGCUUUACUACCAUGGAAGUCCAGAGACAGCAUAUGGUACAAUCUUUCGAAUUUAGAAUGUAGGAACUGAGCGUAGGACUACAAUUCCCAGUCCAAUUCAAACAUGUCGGAUUGGACUGGACUCAAAAAUAGUUUGUACAGGAUUGGACUCAAAUCUUGAGUCCAAACCCCAAAUUUGAGCCUAUAUGUAUAAUGUAUUUACUUACUCCAUAUUUGAUUUUUUUAUGAAAUUUGAUUUUAUUUUUUA